AUUAUCCAAACCAGUUCCUACGUUUAUAACGAGCGUUUUAUUUUUUCCCUCUGGCUAGUCACGUGACUUUGAAAAGGCGGGUAACCGCGUUUAAGGAAGCCAUUUUCUAUUUGCAAGGAGAACCGGCGUGAGAUCCGCGAUGGCUACAGCGACACCAACUAAAUCAAAACGAUCGUCAACCCGAAGUGAGGAUGAGCCCUCAACUAGCGGGGGUGCGUCACCCGGAAGGCGUGCCAGACAGGCAUCCCCGGCCCGCAUAACUCGCCAAGAGGAGAAAUCCCAGCUACAGAAUCUGAACGAUAGACUGGCAGCUUAUAUUGACAGGAUCCGGAAUUUAGAAACCGAGAACAGUCGUUUACUGGUGCAGGUGCGGUCAUCGGAGGAAACAGUUACACGGGAGGUGUCCAGUGUCAAGUCUAUGUAUGAAAAGGAACUGGAGGAUGCGCGUCGUGUUUUAGAUGAUACAGCCAAAGAAAAGGCCCGAUUACAAAUUGAGAACGGAAAGCUUAAAGCAGACGCCGAUGAGUGGAAAGGAAAAUUCAAAAAGAGAGAUAGGGAGGCUAAAGAUGCAGAAAACACCGCCCAGAGAUUGCAGAAGGAAAAUGGUGACCUUCAAGCACGAACCAGUGAUGCGGAGGCAGCUAGGAAAGCGCUGGACACUGAAGUCAAUAAACUUAGAGGAGAGAUAGCCACUCUGGAGAGUCAGCUUGCUCAUGCAAAGAAACAGUUGGAAGAUGAGACACUUCUAAGAGUUGACCUACAAAACAGGCUCCAGAGCAGCAAAGAGGACCUGCAGUUUAAGUCGCAGAUGUAUGAACAGCAACUGAAUGAGAGGUCAGUCAAGACAACAACAGAGUAUGAUGAUGUUGAUUCUGCUCUCAGAGAGGAGUAUGAGAGUAAGAUGCAGGAAGCCUUACAGGAAAUGAGAGACAAGCAUGAUCAGCAGCUCCAGGAAGUUAGAGCAGAACUGGAACUUAUUCAUGAAAGACAGGUUGGCAAUCUGAAGAAUGCCUUGGACAGAAGUAUGAGUGGACCCACAGCUUCCACAGACGAGAUUAAGAUCACAAGGAGGAGAGUUGAUGAGUUAUCGUCAGAGGUCACCAAACUAAAGAAAGAGAAUGCAGCUUUGGAGGCCCAGGUGUUGAACCUGCAGUCUCGACUUACCAGGGAACAAGAGGAGUAUGAAGAAAGACUUGCCCUUAAAGACCAGGAGAUAUCAGACCUCAGAGCUGCCAUGGAAGAGCAGAGUCAAGAGUACGCUGACAUUCUAGAGAUCAAGAUCAAACUGGACAAUGAGAUUACCACUUACAGAAAGCUAUUGGAAACAGAAGAGGAAAGGUUGAACCUGUCACAGACUUCUUCUCCUGGAUCCACUCCAGGCAGCAGGAGGGGACACAAGAGAAAAAGAGUAGCCUUGUCAUCACAAGUCCAGGAGUUUGAAUCUCAUUCUACCUCAGGGUUUUCUGCAGAAUCAAAUGCCACUGGCAAUGUUAGCAUUGAAGAAAUUGACACAGAUGGGAAAUUUAUUCGGCUUCACAACACCUCACAUGAGGAUGUUGCUUUAGGAACCUGGCAAUUACAAUUGCGCCAUUCAGAGGCAGAGGAUGCAGAAAAUAAAGCACAAUACAAAUUUCACCAUUCUCUCCAAAUAAAGGCAGGGCAGAUGUGUACAGUUUGGAGUUCUGGCACAGGUCAAACACAUAAUCCACCAACUGACCUUGUCAUGAAAGGUACCAAAUGGGUCCCUAACAAAGAAACCAUGGUGUGUCUUCUGGUUAAUUCAGAUGGAGAGGAGGUGGCAAGGAGGACAAUGACAAAGAAGAUUCAAAGGAUCACUACCUCUACUUACCGACCACUGUCAGGGUCUGAGGCUGAGGGAUCAGGGAGGGCAGGUUCAGACAGGUGUUCUAUAAUGUAGAUUAUCAAGGUUAAUUGGGACUCCAGUCAAGUCCAAGUUCUGUGGAGGAUGGAACCUUGUUGCAGGAUAACCAAUCCACUUCAUCAGGAAUAGCUAGAUUUCUUAUUAUCUUUGUCUUGCCUUAGACCAAAUGUAUGUUGUGAUCAUUGUUAUUGUGAACUAAUGGAUACAAGUGUCAGUGUGUGCUUAAAAGUUGAUUCCAGAAAAAUCUCUUGAAUCUUGGCAAGGUAUUUGGAAAUUAUUUUUGAUUUUAUUUUCCUAUUUCUUGUUAAAUCAAGGCAGCAUUUGACCAUUGUUCAAGGUUUCUUGGAAGUAAUCUUGAUGUGUUCCUUUAAGACGGGCAUUACUUAAAUUCUGCUUUGUGUAACCCCCUGAAAAGAAUAGAUGCACAAAUUUACAUGUAUUUUACAAAAUCUCGUUUUAUGAGAAAAUGAUUUUGGAGGUAUUGUGGGAUGUGUAGAGUGUAAUAAAAAAAAAAGUGGUAGUUUACCACAGAACAAAUGUUUGUCUAGCUUACAUUUAUAAACCCACCUUGUAUUUUAUACCAUAAAGAUAUUAGAUAUUUCCUUUGAAUAAGACAUAUACAUAAUAUUAAUGUUAUUUUUUAAUUGUAUUUAAUACAGUAUAUUUGUAGGGUCAUUUUAUUGAAAUAUACAUGUUUUUUUUUUUUUCCCUGUCCUUAUGUGGACUUUUCAUGGUGAAGUUUUCAUUUUUGUUUGCAUAACUUUUUUUCUGUGAAUUUAACACAACGGUUGUGUAGCCUUUGUUUUAAAUUUUUGGGGAAUUUGACAGAUAUAUCUCCACAUUAGAUGACGUUAACUAUUUAUUCUAUGCUUUGAUAAAGAUUUUGGUUAUCCAUCCCUCUGACAGAUUGUGAAAAUCAGCAGCUGAGCGAUUUACAUUGCCAAUUCCGAAUGCAUAUUGCUGAUAUAAACAUCAGUGUUUUCUCUAUAUAGUUGAAAUAUUUGUACUUUCAGAAUGUUGCAUUCUUUUGAUUUGAUAAUCAUUUCCUUAUUAAUUGAGAUUGAUUUUAAUCCACAUUUUAGAAGUAGAACAUAAGUAAAAGAUAAUGUCAAGGUUUCUACUGUCCUUGCAGAGGGAUGGAAAUCUUAAGUGCAAGUCUUGUUUCUCCACUUUUUUGUUAUAUUUUUGUUAUUUUUUUUUUUAUAUGUAAACAAGCUUAUGUACUUGUAUCUUUCAUUAAAGUGUCUUCUCUUCCAACAUA